AUGCUCUCAGCAUACGAAGCUCUCGGCCUCUCUCCUGAAACGAUCAAAGACCUGAUGAAUCCCAAGCCUGCGCCCGAGCCUACCGAAAUCCACGCGCCGAACCUCCUGCAGAGUGACGAAGACAAUGCGCGCCCCAUGUCGCCCAACGAAACUUCCAUAACGCUAUACGCCGAACUGCUGCUGCAUAUACGUACGGUCACGCUUUUUGCAUCGCUGCGCACGAAUUUCUCUCGGUCGACGGACGCGAAGCUGUCGUCUGAUGGCUCUUACAUCACUGUCUCUCAUGAGGGCCAGUCUGCGUCAAUACGUCUUCCUAUCAACGUCAAAGGCGGAGGCGACGCUGCGCUUGAACUACCGUCACAGCCUCCAACGAAAGAGUUAACACUCCGUCUUCAGCUGGAAGAAAAGGAAGGAAGCGACCUUCUUGGGACACUGCAACGCGAAGACCGACAGGCCAACAUUGUACCGUGGGACGGCGCUUCGCUCAACGAUGCGAAAGAUGUUGAGAUAACCUGCAAAGGCUGCGACGGUAUCCUUGUAGCGAAAGGAAAGAUUCAACAGUGGAGAGACCUGCCUAAUGAGAAUUGGGCUGAGAUGAUGGACUUUUGGCAUUGCCAUAAGCCAGACGAGCACCACUUGCACGAUCACACGCAUGAUGAAGUCGUCGGUCAGAAGGGCUACGCGGCUGGGAACCGCCUGCAGGCUAUGGGAGGUGUAGGGUUUGUUGAUCUGGCCAGCUUUCUACUGGCAGAGUCGGAUUGCGAAGGCGCACAGCUCUCCUCUUCCUCCGAAGGCACAGGUCAAGACCUGAUAAAAUGCAAACAUUGCAACCACACAAUCGGCGCCCAGGAACCCUCAACCGACGGCUGGCGAAUACGAAAGUGGGCCAUCAGCAUACGAUCUGCAAAAACCACACCCUCUUCACCAACUACGCAUACAGUCCAGAAAUGGAUAUCAGUCCGCCUCCUCCACCUCAUCGAAAACACCGGCCUCCGCAAAUUCCACGUUCACACCGCCGCACCACCCGACCAAUCACAUGAAACUCCCAUACCCUCCCUCCUCAUCUGGGUCUUCACCCCCGAUCUCCUCUUCUCCUCCUCCAUACCCACGCCCGGCCGCCUCGAUCCUACACGUACGAUGAAGGUCUUCUACCAGAAACAGACUUGGCAGGCUUUAAAGCCGGGAGAGCCUGAGAGUGCUAGCAUAGAGGAUGUGGAGUUUCCCGUGGAUCUGUAUGAGGAGUUGGAGAAGGGGUUGGAAGGGAGUCAGAGGCUGUUGCCGCCGACCACGAAGAAGUUUCAGGGGUGGGAUGUGGGGUUGUUAGAGAGGUUUGAGGUGCUUGAGGCGGGGUUGGGUGAAGGGCAGGAGGAGGGUGAGGAGGCUGGUGCGAAUGGGGUUGAGAAUGGGAACGGGCGACACCGUGUCGCCGCCGCCGAGACUCCAGAUGAUCUUCUGGAUGUGAGAGUCACUUCCGAAUCAUCAACUACCUCAAGGACCGGCCAGUUUACCAUGGACACUGGACUCCGAAAUCUAUGCCAGUCCACGCAGUCUGUGGGUCUAGAAGAUCAUGUAGCCACCGACGUCUCAGAAGAAGCCUCCGACAUGCUACAACUCAGCGCCGAUCCAGAGAAGCUCGCCAUCGCUCAAACCAACACACAAUCACCUCUCCUCCGUCUUCCAGCUGAAAUCCGCAAUACCAUCUACGACUUGGUUCUCAGCUCUCACCGCGACUUCCACACCUUCGAUGUCGCACGCCAGAAGAGUAUGCGGCAUAAUAGUGGAAGCGAAAAUACUAUACAACAGCUCGCUUUGUUGCAAGUCUGCCGCCAACUCUACACCGAAACCAAUCUUAUCGCCCUCAACUCCACCCCCUUCGCCUUCGGCUCCGUCACCGACUUCUCCAAGUACCUCGCCCAGACACUGCUCCCAACCCAGAUCGCUGCCAUCACCGUGCUCAAGUGCCCCUUCCGCGAGAUCUACUUCCCUGGCUUCGGCGUAAACUCCGCGUUCAUCGGGCUCCUUCGUGACAGUUUACGUGGGCUGAAGGUACUGGUACUAUUUGGGGUGAGGAGUAAGGCCGUCGAGGAGGAGGCGAUGCGGGUCAUAGAGAGGAAGAUCGCGAGGGAGAUUAAAGAGGGGUGCGAGGAGCUGAAGGUGAAGGUUGAGUUGACGAGGAAUGGUUUGAAGUGGCGCAAGGAGGUCGCAUCGGUCUAUGGCCGUGGAGAGCGGAGUUUGGGCGCAGAGUGA